AUGUCUCCAACACCAACUCCUGUUGCCAUUGUUGGCAUUGGAUGCCGGCUUCCUGGCGGGGCCAACAACUUGGAUAGCCUGUGGGAACUGCUUUCAGAAGGCCGAAGCGGCCGCACAAAGAUUCCCAAAGACCGCUGGUCUGCUGAGGAGUGGUUUGACGCAUAUCCGGAUGCCAAACAGUCUAUGGUGACCAAGCACGGGUUCUUCCUUCAAGAUGAUAUCUCACAGUUUGAUGCAAAGUUCUUUGGUAUUUCUAGCACAGAGGCACAUGCCAUGGAUCCACAGCAGCGUUUAUUUCUGAUGAUGGCCUACGAGGCACUGGAAGAUGCUGCCAUUCCCAUCGAGUCAUUAAGAGGGUCGAACACUGGUGUCUUUGCGAGUAUAUUCGAGAGGAGUUACGACAGGAUGGGACACAAAGACCUUUCCACAAUUAGCAAUACACAUAUGAAUGGGACAGGAGAAGCGAUUCUUUCGAACAGGAUCUCAUAUUGUUUUGACCUCAAAGGACCAUGCAUGACUAUUGACACUGGCUGUUCUGGGAGUUUGGUGGCACUCCACCAAGCGUGCCAAAGUCUCAGUCUGGGAGAGUCAGACCUCGCCUUAGUUGGUGGUUCACAACUUGUUAUCCACCCUGAUGCUCUGACCAUUAUGAGCGGAAUGGGUAUGCUCAAUCCCGACGGCCAGUCUUAUGCCUUCGACUCGCGAGGAGAAGGAUAUGGACGCGGUGAAGGCGUAGCUAUGAUCGUUCUCAAGCGUCUGGACCGCGCACUUGAGGAUGGUGACCGAGUACAUGCUGUCAUUGCCAACUCUGGUGUAAACCAAGAUGGCAAAACCUCUGGUCUCAACACCCCGAGUGGCGAUGCCCAGGCUGCUUUGUGUUUGCGUGUUUACCGGGAAGCUAGGUUGAAUCCUGCAGAUACAUCAUUCGUCGAGGCUCAUGGUACCGGAACUCAAGUAGGCGACCGAGAAGAAAUCGCCUCCAUCUUCAAAGUCUUCUGUGAAAGUGCUGCAAGAACGGAUGAUCUUUACGUUGGCUCUAUAAAACCGAAUGUUGGACACCUUGAGGCAACUUCUGGUAUCGCGGGUCUGCUCAAGUCUAUCCUCGUGCUGAAGCAUGGCCAAAUCCCACCAAAUCUGAAUUUCGUCAAGCCCAAGCCAUCGCUGAAGCUCUACGAGAGGAACAUCAAAAUUCCAACAGAACUUACGAAGCUCCCCAUGCCGCGUAAUGGGGGGCCAGUAAGGGUAUCUCUGAACUCAUUCGGCUACGGUGGAACCAAUUGCCAUGUUAUUCUUGAGGCUCCCGACUCUAGGAGUCAAGUCAACGGAUCCAAUAGCAUCAAAUUAGAUGAUGUUAAACCAAACGGUUCUCAGACCAACGGCAUCAAAUCGAACGGUGUCCACUCAAACGGCAUUGAGGCCAACGGUAUCCAGUCGAGUGUUGUCGAUACCAAUUGUGUCACCUCCAACGGUAUUAACUCCAAUGGAACUAAUACGAAUGGUAUGGACUCCAACGAUAUAAAAUCCAACUCAAACGGGAUCAAUGAUACAACGACGAACAAGACCGACCCAAACCAGACAGAAAAUAUCAAGAAAAAGCUACCAGAUACAACACAGGAUUUAUCCGCUAAACCCUCCAUUCAGGAGGGCCCAGCUUCCCACUCUCAUCGAUUAUUCGUCAUCAGUGCCUCAACCGAAAAAGCGUUACUAUCGCGAACUGAAGACCUUAAUCAAUGGCUCAAAUCCCACCAAACUUCAACAAAAGUUCUACACGACCUAUCUUACACCCUCGCGGUCCACAGAUCAGCUCUCCCUUACCGAAAAGCCAUCGUCGCAUCGACAACGGAAGAACUAGUGGCUGAACUCGAAGUACCCAGACCUUCAAGGAAAACGGUAUCGCAGGCCCCCAUCACAUUCGUAUUCUCCGGGCAGGGUGCGCAAUGGCAUGCCAUGGGUCUCGAACUCAUCCGGUCCUCGCACCUAUUCCAACAGUCGAUGGCGGAGAUGGAGGAUACACUGCGGCGGCAAGGCUGCCAGUGGAGCCUGGUGGAGGAGCUAUCGAAAUCUCCCAAGCAAUCCCGAGUUGGCGAGGCGGAGAUAGCGCAGCCUGCUACUACCGCUGUCCAGAUUGCGCUUGUCGACUUACUUGAGAGUUUCUCCAUGAGACCGAGUCGCGUGGUGGGGCACAGCUCGGGUGAGAUAGCUGCUGCGUAUGCGGCUGGUGCACUGAGUCGAGAGAGUGCUAUUCUUCUAGCGUAUCAUCGCGGAGUAUCUUCCCGCCAGGCCAAAAAGGUGGCCGAUGUCCCUGGCUCUAUGAUGGCGGUUAGCCUCACUGAGACAGAAGCGAUGCCGUAUCUUAAGAAACUCACAUGUGGAACAGCCGUUGUGGCGUGUGUGAACAGCCCGUCAAGUUUGACACUGUCGGGAGAUGACUCCGCACUUGACGAGUUGAAAGAAGUACUUGACAAAGAAGAUGUAUUCGCCCGAAAGCUAAGAGUUGACACGGCCUAUCACUCACACCACAUGCAACGUGUUGCUGAAGAGUAUCAAGAGACCAUCAGCAGUAUUGAAUCUUCGUCAGUAAAGGAUGGCGUAACCUUUUACUCCAGCGUUACCGGUACCAUCAAGUCAACUGGCUUUGGCGCAGACUACUGGACAUCAAAUCUAGUGUCCCAAGUCAAGUUCAGCCAGGCAUUAAAGAUGGUACAAAACGACCAGCUGAAGCAAGACAACAACAUGGACAUCAGCUUGUUCGUUGAAAUUGGACCACACUCGGCCCUCGCAGGCCCAUCUCGCCAGGUUCUCACUCAGGAAGGAGCCGAAAAGUUCAAAUUCGAGUACUUAUCUGCUCUCCUGCGCAACGUGGACUCUGUACAGUCUACUCUAGCUCUCGUGGGCAGAGUAUUCGAGCUCGGUCUCCAAAUCGACAUGUCUGCAGCCCUCACCAUGACCAACAAGACAAAACCUGAGAUCAUCAGGGACCUGAAAUCUUAUCCCUGGGACCUUGCGCCAUUCUGGCGCGAGUCUAGGCUGAGCAAAGCCCAUCGCUUCCGCCAAUUCCCACAUCAUGACCUUCUUGGCUUGUUUGACCCAGCUAGCACGAUUCACGAGCCGCGCUGGAGAUAUUUCAUCAACAUGGACACUCUGCCUUGGCUCAGAGGCCAUGUAGUUGAAGGAUUCACGAUCUACCCAGGUGCAGGCUACCUAACAAUGGCCAUGGAGGGGAUAAAGCAGCUUGUGCAGAUGAGAGGCAUCCAGCAUCCCAUCACUAAGUUUGUCCUCCGUAACGUCGCAAUCUCAAAGGCCAUCAUGCUUAGCGAGCCGGAUGAUACAAAUUCUGGUGAGGUGGAAGUUCAACUGAGCAUGUCUUCUGCAAACCAGUACGAAGGCAGCCGUUGGCAAUCGUUUAACAUCAGGUCCUAUAAUACAGACGGAUCAUGGAGUGAGCAUUGUGCCGGUGAGAUCACAGUUGAACACGACACGAGCGAGCCCGACGAGGUUGAGGGGACUAGAGAACAAGAAUUGCGCCAAGAGGAAGCUACGCAAUUCAUGGCAACGUCUCAGCAAAGCUGUGACAGGGAAAUGAGCAAGUCUGAAUUCUACGACUUUGCAAGACUGACAGGCAAUGAAUUUAGUGGCGCUUUUACCCCAAUCACUUGGGCUAGAUAUGGCAAGAACAGGGGCGUAUUCGAGAUAUGCACUCCAGAUAUUGCUCCUUUGAUGCCAUACCGGUCCUUCAGGGAUCAUGUAAUCCAUCCAACUACUCUGGACGCUACUCAACAGAUCAACGCGGUCUUAUUCAAGAAGUUCGUCACCAAUGCCGCGUGUGUUCCAACCAGUAUUCCGUUGUUAGAGAUAAGCGCCAAUCUAUCGACUACGGCCGGGAACAGUCUCACUGGAGCCAUGCAGAUUGAAGCUGACGGUCCCAAAGCAUCCAAAUGUGAAGGUUGGGUGCUCCAGAAGGAUGUAAAUGGCCAUCUCAGCCCUGUGAUCCGUCUUCUUGUCAACUUGAGAGCCAUUGGCGAGACUCGCGAGGAAGAGUACCGGCCUUUCAUCCAGGAUGCGGUAAAUCGACUCGAUUGGAACCUUGAUCCCGAUUUCAUGACGAGAAACUCAUUCCUACAGGUGCUCUCAUCUUCGCUGGGUCUAGAGGAAAACAUGACUCAUGGGUUCAACGGGACCAAAAUUUCUGUCGAAGAGUCUCGGAACGAGUACCUCGUUACAGAUCAGGCAUCUUCUAUAUGGUUUAGAGAAGCAGUGCGCUAUGUUGAGGAUACCAAAGAUGGUAUGGUAACGCCUGGGCAAGUCAAAUUCUUUGGAUGGAUGAAGAGGUGGUUAGCCUCUGACUAUUGCGGUCAGAUCAUGUCGGGCCUGACCGCGGAAGAAGAGACGAGGAUUCUGCAAAGUGUUGAAUCAUCCGAGACAUCAGCCCAGUUGCAACUCCUAGCUCGCGUUGGCAAAGCCCUCCCUCGCAUCGUGACUGGCGAAACCCAGUCUUUAGAUGUCAUGCUAGAAGGCAAUCUCCUCUCAAGGUACUACGAAAGUGGUAUUCUUGUCGGCCCCUACGAAGCAGCAGUAGCGUAUAUGAAGGUUCUCACCUUCAAGAACCCGCGCCUUCGUGUCCUCGAGAUCGGUGCUGGAACAGGAGGUUGUACCAAAUGGCUCUUCCGCGGGCUCUCUGGCCAUAACGGCGCUGCGGGCCUUCCCGUCAAAGAGUACACUUUUACCGAUGUCUCCAGCGGAUUCUUCGAGGAUGCGCGAGAGACAUUUGCCGAAUGGGAGGACAUGAUGCAAUUUAGGGUGCUGGAUGCAGAUCAAGACCCUAUCGAGCAAGGCUUCGAGCCUGAGUCCUACGACGUGGUGGUGGCGGCCAACGUACUACACGCGACGAGGAGGAUAGACGUGACGACGAGCCGCGUACGUAAGCUGCUCAAACCUGGAGGUAGCCUACUCCUUCUUGAAAUCGAGCCCCGAGGCGCGGCCUUUGGUCUCGUGGCCGGCCCGCUUACUGGAUGGUGGGCGCCUGAGGACGGUCGAGUGGACAGUCCACUACUAUUCCGCAACCAGUGGCAAGAGGUUCUGGCGAGGAACGGCUUUGGAGGAAUCUACCUAGCCUGGGAAUGCAUGAUGGUGGCUAAAGCCGAGCCCGUACGGAGUGACGUCAACGGAACACAGUCCAGUCAUGAUGUCGUCCUAAUCGGAGACGAAGUUGGCGAUCUCAUGGAACAAACAGCGGCGGAAUUUUCUUCUCGCGAUGCCAAUGUCACAACUACCUCCUGGGAGCAAGCUGAAGCCCGGGAAGACAGCCUCUAUGUCGUCUUGGAUAAUGCAGAGAAAAGGACCCUUCUCGACCCCAAGCCCCAGCUUUUCGAGGCCAUCAUAGCGCUGCUCAGCGCAAAAUGCCAGGUUUUGUGGGUGCUCCUCCAUGACAAGACCGACCCCACGGCCUCCGCUUACAAAGGUUUGAUCAAUGCCUUUAUCCGUGUGUUGCGGCGGGAGAGUGGGCACACUGGUCUCGUGACCCUUGACAUACGCCACCCCCUGGAUGUGGAGAAGACGGCCCGGGCCGUGACUGACGUCGCAUGUCGACGCUUCUGGCCAGCCACAGGAGAUCUCCGCUCUCUAGAGCCUGAAUUCGCAUACGAGGAUGGCCGUGUGCUAAUCCCCCGUGUUAGGCCAGAUGUCGAAUUCUUGAAGUGGGUGCGGCAUGGGACAGAGCGGGGAGCAACCAACGACACAGAGACGGCUCCUUCACCUUACCAACAGAGUGACCGAGUGCUUAAGGCCGAGGUCGCAACACCAGGACUACUGGGUUCGUUACGCUUCAUCGAUCAUGACCUCUCUUCUCCUCUGGAUUCAUGCCAGAUUGAGGUCAAGGCUGAGGCACAUGGCGUAAACUACAAAGACGUUAUCCUCGCACUUGGCCAGAAGGGUCCCGGCAUCCAUAUGGCAGGCGAGUUUGCAGGCCUGGUGACAGCUGUGGGUGAAGACAUGCGAGACUUGUACCAGGUCGGCGAUCGAGUCAUGGGUUUUGGUGCGCAACCGUUCAGUAACCUGUUGCGUGUCCAUGGGUAUCUUGCCCGUAGGACGCCAAGCAGUAUGCCUGCUACGAUCGCAGCAUCCAUUCCUCACGCAUUUGUAACCGCUUUCCACUGUGUGGUACAAAUUGGCCGCCUUGAGCAAGGCCAGUCAAUCCUGAUCCAAGCUGCGUCUGGAGGCGUUGGACAAGCGGCCAUCCAGCUCGCCCAGCAUAUCGGCGCCGUCAUCUAUUGCACAGUCAGCACGGCUGCGAAACGAAAGCUGAUUGUAGAUGAGUACGCCAUCCCAGAAGCUAAUGUCUUCUCCAGUAAGACAGGUUCACUCAAGCAAGGCAUUAUGCGACAAACCAAUGGUCAAGGAGUAGAUCUGGUGCUCAAUUCGUCGACAGGAGAGAUGCUAAGAGACAGCCUUGACUGCGUCAAGACCAUGGGAACGUUCAUCGAGUUGGGAAAGAGCGAGAUACAACAAGGAUCACAGCUGAGUAUGGCUUCAUUCAACAGGUCGAUAACCUUUACAGCAUUUGAUCUGGAAACACUGUCCGUUCGAGACCCCAGACGCGUCCACCGCACAUUGGGAGACGUCAUCAGCCUCAUUGAGUCAAAGAAAGUGCAUCCCGUAUGCCCUCUUACAACAUACCCAAUCGAUCAGAUCGAGGAUGCGUUCCGCUUUGUAGGCUCGCGGAAGCACACUGGUAAAAUUGUCCUACAGGUCGAGCCUGAUUCCAUGGUAAAGUGCCUCCCCGCGAAGCCCUCGCCGUUGCGGAUAGGUAAGGACGGCACCUACAUCGCAGCCGGUGGUCUUGGUGAUCUGACCUCGCGGAUUUGUGUAUUCCUGGCCUCUCGAGGUGCUGGACAUAUCGUGGCUUUGUCUAGACGUGCCAUCGAUGAUGCGACCAAACAGAAAUACGCGUCUGUCAUCGAAGAACAUGGGUGCAAACUUCAUAUUCUCCAGUGCGAUAUCACAGAUGAGGAGAGCAUGAAACGUACUGCAUCCUACUGCUCCAAUUUGCCUCCUGUCAGGGGGGUAGUGAAUGGUACAUUAGUGCUCAGGGACCGAACAUUUGCUCAGAUGACUGUGGAAGAGUGGAAGGUAGCACUCCAGCCUAAAGUCACUGGGACCCUUAACCUUGACAAGUUCUUUGCUUCUCCCGAUUUGGCCUUCUUCAUGACACUCUCCUCGGUUGUCGCCGUAGUUGGUAAAGCUGGCCAGUCCAACUACGCAGCCGGAAAUGGUUUCCAAGACGCAUUCGCUCGUGCACACGCUGGUCACCCUCAUACGCACUACAUCUCGGUCAACGUCGGUGCUGUGUCUGUGGAUGCUCAUGGCGCCCUCAAAGAGGCACAGCAAGGUGACAUGUCCAUCGGUGGCAUGCGAGCCUCUCUCCGGCAAAACAGUGUCAUGGACAUUUCUUUUGAAGAGUUUCUUGCUAAUAUCGAAUACGCAAUCGAUAACCGCAUUCGAGACGGCGACAUACACCAAACAAUUCAGGGUGUCACGCACCAGUCUAUGGUGGACGCUAACGAUGAGCUUCUUCUUGAGAACCCCCUCUUCAGCCAGCUGUCUCAUUCCCAGAAGAAGAAAUCUGCAGGCGACAUGCAGAACGAAAAGGUGGAUGUGAAGAAAGCUUUGAGUAGCGUGAAGACGAUGGAGGAAGCUGAGCAGCUCAUUCGAGACGCCACGCUAGCUAAGUUCGCCGUCUUCCUUGACCGGCCGAUCGAUGACAUCAGAGUCGAUCAGUCUCUGGCCACUAUUGGUCUUGACUCUCUAGUCAGCAUCGAGUUGAAGAAUUGGAUGGUACGCACUUUCCAAGUCAACCUCCAGACAUCGGAGCUGGGCGGUGCUGGCAGCAUUAUGGCGCUGGCAGCAACGGUCGCCUCGCGGUCGAAACUGAUCCCAGACAACAUCCACCCAUCACGGCCACAAGAGGCUACCGCUUUGGUAGAAAAGGAGAAGGUUUCGAAAGAUGACCAUUCUGAAAACAACCAUGACUUCUGGUGUUGCAGAGCGAGCAAGGAGCUCCCUAGGCACCCGCUUGUCGACCUUGACGAGGCAGUCAACGACCUUCUCAACAGUAUCAGUCACUUCUCCCACACUCGGGAGGAAUAUGCGGAGCUCAAUCGCAAAGCAAAAGCCCUUGCUGCGCCGGGAAGUCUCGGCCGCAAGCUGUACAAUCAGCUGCGCGCAAAGGCCGAUGAUCCAAGUGUGGAGAGCUGGAUUGCUGGUCCCCUGCUCAAGGCAUUAUACCUCAAGCGAAGAUAUCCUAUUGUGCCGUUUAGCAGUUUCCUUGGAACACACUUCGACAGCGCUGUCGCGCACUCACAGGCCCAGCGAGCGGCUGCGCUUACCAGAACCCUGUCCGAGUUCAAGCGUGAUCUGGAUUUGAAGAAACUGAAACCUGAUUUCCUGGGUGAGAGGCCGAAUUGCGGCCAUUCUCUGACUUGGCUUUUCAAUGCCUUAAGAGAGGCCAACGUGGGCUGUGACAAGAUGAUGAGGUAUCCUGGAAAAGAGCACGUUGCUGUAUUGCGGAGGGGACAUUUGUUCAAAGUAUCACUGAAAGAAGGAGAUGAUAUCGUCUCAUAUCAGAAGCUCAAGACUACAUACCAGAGCAUCAUUGACCUCAACCUGGAGGAAAAGAUGUGGACGGGUAUUCUGACGACAGAUAAUCGCGACAGUUGGGGCACUAUCCGACAGAAGCUCAUGUCAAUGGACCCAAGAAACGCGGAAUAUAUCAAGGUAUUGGAGGAAUCCGUCUUUGUGAUGUGUCUAGAUGACAAUAGCCCUACCACUCGUGAGGAACGCGUCCGUUUCGGAUACCUUGGAGACUCCUUUAACCGUUGGCAUGACAAGACUCUGCAACUUGUCGUCACCGGCAAUGGCUCCUCUGGUACCAUCUUCGAGCAUUCCAUGAUCGACUUUAUGACCACCUCGCAGAUCUCGCAAAGGUUGCAAGGCGCGAUUGAUACCCUGGACCCAGAAAACGACAACCUCGAACAAAACGGUGAAGCUGCCGCUGAUCCCGCCAGCCUGGAGGAAAUCCCAUUGGCGUCGACGACCAAGGAGAUUGAAGCCCAUAUGAUGAUGUUGCGCGACAAGUACGCAGCAACUACCGGAGUGAAGAUUUAUACUCCCCACCUCGUCCCGUCCUUCGGAAAAUCCCUCCUUCUCACCAACUCGGCGCCCAUCAAAGCCACUGUAGACUUGACAAUCCAACUUGCCAGCCGCAUAUACUUUGGCUACCUCCCCGCGAGUUGGGAAACAGUCUCAACAGCGCACUACCACCUCGGCCGCCCCGAAAUCGUCCAAGUAGUUCUCAAAUCCGUCGUAGAAUUCUGCGACGCAGCGCUCGACACGGCAGUCCCACGGUCCGAGGCACGCGCAAAGCUACUCAAAGCAGCGCGCGAAUGCAAUGCACAAAUUGUCAAGGGCGGCGAGGGCCGUAACUACUUCCGGCUCAUGGAUGUGCUGGAGGUCCUGAGCCACGAGGCGCAAGACGAUGGUAGUAGUGAAGGCCAGAUCGUACCCGAGUUGUUCUCCGAUCCGGUGUGGAAGAGGAGUUACCCGCGGUUGAUCAUGCAGACUAUGAUUGAGAAGAAGUUGGCACAGGAUCCAGGGUAUACGAUGCAAGAUCCAGAGAAUGUUUGGAUGAACUACACUGUGAAUGAGGAUUCGCUAGAGGUGUGUUUCGUCGCUCCGCGAACGGGCGCUGAGCGAUUCAAAGCCGCACUCGAUCGAGCCGCGGAUAUUAUCAAGACUAUUGUCCAGCAUAAGGAGACGCGGGAGCUUCCAAACUGA